GGAUCCUGUUGGUAUUUUAAUCUAGUUUAGCAUGGCAGGGUUCUGACAGUACAUAUGUUCUAUGUGGGAAAUGUGUGGUUGUAGUAUUGGUUUAUUCUGACCACGCAUUUCCCGGGUCUCGUCACUUUUUCCCCGAUCCCUUACUUGUAAUUAUUUUCAGGUGUAUGUAAUUUACUUUCUCCCUAUUUAAGAGUCCUUGUGUUUGUUGUUCAUUGCACGUUCGUCUUGUCUCAUGCCCUGUCGGUUCCCGUGAGUUCUUGAUGUUUAUAGUCCUGAUCUGUUUUAUCUGUUGAAGAGUUUAUUGUUAGUUUUGUUAAAGUUUAGUGUCAGUUUAUUGUAGUGUUGUUUCCCUUGUCUUGUUUUGCCCCCUCGUGGGUUUUGUUUUCCUGUUUUUCCCCUGUUUUAUAAUAAAUCCCUUUUUGUAUACGUCCGCAUUUGGGUUCGUGUUUUGUGUUCCCCAAUUCCUGACAGAACGAACGUGCCAGAAAAGAACCCAGCGGACAUGUACACCGGUACUCGCCUGGCCAGACGGGGAAAGGGUUGCCGCCCCGCAUACGAGUCGGGUUACGAGUCUUAUGACCCGCUCGUAUGCGGACCCGUAGCCAACGUCAGGUGGAACCCGACCCUAACCGCCGAACCCCAUCGACUUCCGCCCAUCCGGGAGGGAAGGACCGUUGGGAUGUGGGGGUUCGGCGAUCCUGAACUCUCUCCUCCGGCUCCAGAGAGCCGCUCCCCACCUCGUUCCCUUCGAGGGAAGCGUGAGAGGAGGAUCUCCUGGGAGUCGUCGUCCGGGGGGUCUUCCUCCGACUUAAGAGCUCCACCACACCCUCUAUCUGCUCCGCGACCCCGAAGGAAGAACAGGAGGAAGGGGGAGAUUGUUCAGCCACCAGAACGCCCAGAGCCGUCGCCACAGCCGCCGACGCAGCCGCCAGAGCGCGCAGAGCCGCCGACGCAGCCGCCAGAGCGCGCAGAGCCGCCGACGCAGCCGCCAGAGCGCGCAGAGCCGCCGACGCAGCCGCCAGAGCGCGCAGAGCCGCCGACGCAGCCGCCAGAGCGCGCAGAGCCGCCGACGCAGCCGCCGGAGCGCCCAGAGCCCCCGACGCUACCGCCGGAGCGCACAGAGCCGUCGACGCGACCGCCAGAGCGCACAGAGGCGUGUACCCAGACGUCGGCGCAACUCCAGCCGUGUGCGCAGUCAGCGCAACUCCAGCCGUGUGCGCAGUCAGCGCAACUCCAGCCGUGUGCGCAGCCAGCGCAACCCCAGCCGUGUGCGCAGCCAGCGCAACCCCAGCCGUGUGCGCAGCCAGCGCAACCCCAGCCGUGUGCGCAGCCAGCGCAACCCCAGCCGUGUGCGCAGCCAGCGCAACCCCAGCCGUGUGCGCAGCCAGCGCAACCCCAGCCGUGUGCGCAGCCAGCGCAACCCCAGCCGUGGCCGCAGCCAGCGCAACCCCAGCCAGAUUUUGUUUUUGGCCAUGAACAUCCCGGGACUCUCCCGAAAUCCACCCAGACUCUUUCCCCACCCUCCCACCCUGGACCACCCCCUAUGAACUUUUGUGUUCCCCCACCCCCCCUCCCUUGUUUAUUAUUUUUAUUGUCCCAUCCCAAUCCAGUCAUUGUUAUGUCUUGUUUGCCCCUAAUGUUAUUUGUUAUGUUUUCAUGGUUCAUGUCGUGUAUGCAGUCCGUCUUGUCACAUGUUUAGUGUUCCCCCUUCGAAGGCGUCUGGUAGCCGCCUUUUGGAGGGGGGCGUACUGUCAGAAUCCUGCCGGAUCCUGUUGGUAUUUUAAUCUAGUUUAGCAUGGCAGGGUUCUGACAGUACAUAUGUUCUAUGUGGGAAAUGUGUGGUUGUAGUAUUGGUUUAUUCUGACCACGCAUUUCCCGGGUCUCGUCACUUUUUCCCCGAUCCCUUACUUGUAAUUAUUUUCAGGUGUAUGUAAUUUACUUUCUCCCUAUUUAAGAGUCCUUGUGUUUGUUGUUCAUUGCACGUUCGUCUUGUCUCAUGCCCUGUCGGUUCCCGUGAGUUCUUGAUGUUUAUAGUCCUGAUCUGUUUUAUCUGUUGAAGAGUUUAUUGUUAGUUUUGUUAAAGUUUAGUGUCAGUUUAUUGUAGUGUUGUUUCCCUUGUCUUGUUUUGCCCCCUCGUGGGUUUUGUUUUCCUGUUUUUCCCCUGUUUUAUAAUAAAUCC